UGCCGUGACUGGAAACUUUUUUUAUCCGUCUUUAUUUUUUUGUAAGCGUUAUCAGUCGAUAAUGUCGCAUGCCAAUGCGGACAGACUUUUCCUGAAGCGUAACGGGUGACAGGGGAGACCAAGAAGGACGGGACAUGGCCGUAGAAGCGGCUCGUCAUCACCGAGCUGGCGAGCCGCGGGUCUGGCCUCAAUUUUUACCGAAGCUCAACGACGGACUUUCCGCCAUCGGACGCCGCCGACUAACCGAGCUAAGCUACCUGACACCAGCAAGGCUCCACUGGGGGAGGCUCUCUGAGAUGAGUCCCUGGCUGUAGAGGACGCUUCCCGUACUUGGAUUCCCUUUAUCGGUCACCACCACCACCAUGGCGGACCAAAACCAUUACUGGACGGUGCUACCGAGCUACAAAACAAGUUUUGUUACUGGGGCCAUGAUGAAAAGAACCAAAGGCGCCCGUAAUAACAAGAGAAGGAGUUUGGCGGUCGGGACCCCUUCACCCACACUCUCACGACCGCUUUCACCUCUCCCGCUUGCCACAGCUAGCAGCAGCCCUUCAGAAAGCCCCAGAAAUGUGUCUGCAAGCAGCUCUGCUAACUUCCAGUUUGCCCGCAGCCAUCUGGCCCGUACUGAAAGCAGAGGAGAUGGCCGAAGAUGGUCUGUGGCAUCAGUCCCUUCCUCUGGAUACUGUACCAAUGCACCCAGUUCAUCAGUAUCUUCAUCCUCUUCCCAGGAGCUCUUGCAUCAGCUGCCUCUCCAGCCUACUCAAGAUGAUCUCCACUUCCUGUUUAAACAUUUCCGGAGCACGGAAAGUGUGGCAGAUGAAGAAGGACCACACGCUUCACCGCCUGUCAGGCUGCGCUCGCGCAGUCUCAGCCCUGGACGAACCUGUGGAACAUUUGACAAUGAAAUUGUCAUGAUGAAUCAUGUCUAUAAAGAACGCUUUCCCAAGGCAACGGCGCAGAUGGAAGGCCGACUUGUGGACAUUAUCGAAGAGUGUUCGCCUGGAACUACUCUUCCUCUGGCUGAUGGUGUCCUUGGGUUCAUCCAGCACCAGCUGGUGGAACUGGUCCGAGACUGCCUGGACAAGUCCCAGAAAGGCUUGGUCACUUCUCGGUACUUUGUGGAGCUGCAGGAGAAGCUGGAGAAGCUUCUGCAUGAGGCAUAUGAGCGUUCAGAGAGUGAGGAAGUGAUGACCAUUACAAAACUGGUGAAGAAGAUCCUCAUCAUCAUCUCUAGACCUGCCAGGCUCCUGGAAUGUCUGGAGUUUGAUCCCGAGGAGUUCUUCCAGCGUUUGGAGACUGUUGAAGGUCAAGCCAAGGUCAGCCAGGGGAUCAAGACUGAUAUUCCCAGAUACAUUGUCAGCCAGCUUGGCCUCACCAGGGAUCCUCUUGAAGAAAUGGUCCAACUGGAACAAACAAGCCCAAGUCACAGAUCCGCCAGUAGGGAGUCUGAUGAGUCUGGCGAGGCAACACCAACACAGAGCCGUGCAGUUUGCACUCCCCCGCGUAGGAAACCACUGGAGAGUGACUUUGAAACGAUCAAGUUAAUUAGCAAUGGCGCCUAUGGAGCUGUAUUUCUAGUCCGUCACAGGGAAACCCGACAACGCUUUGCCAUGAAAAAGAUCAACCGGCAGAACCUGAUUUUGAGAAACCAGAUUCAGCAGGUGUUUGUGGAACGAGACAUCCUUACCUUUGCUGAAAACCCAUUUGUGGUUUCCAUGUUUUGCUCUUUUGAAACACGGCGGCACCUCUGCAUGGUCAUGGAGUAUGUAGAAGGUGGGGAUUGUGCCAAUCUAUUGAAGAACAUUGGUCCUUUGCCUGUGGACAUGGCACGCAUGUAUUUUGCAGAGACUGUCCUGGCUUUAGAAUAUCUUCACAACUAUGGCAUUGUACACAGAGACCUCAAACCUGACAAUUUGUUAAUCACCUCCAUGGGCCACAUAAAGCUUACAGACUUUGGACUGUCAAAGAUUGGCCUUAUGAACAUGACAACCAAUUUGUAUGAAGGUCACAUUGAGAAGGAUACGAGAGAGUUCAUUGACAAGCAGGUGUGUGGUACCCCAGAGUACAUUGCUCCAGAGGUGAUCCUGCGGCAGGGCUAUGGGAAACCUGUGGACUGGUGGGCUAUGGGCAUUAUCCUGUAUGAGUUCCUUGUGGGCUGCGUGCCUUUCUUUGGAGAUACACCCGAACAGCUCUUUGGUCAGGUGGUCAAUGAUGACAUCAUUUGGCCUGAGGGGGAAGAUGCUCUGCCAGCUGACGCCCAAGACCUUAUCACCAGACUGCUUCGUCAGAGUCCGCUUGAGCGCCUGGGAACUGGUGGAACUACUGAGGUGAAGGUGCACAUGUUCUUCCUGGGACUAGACUGGAAUGGCCUCCUGAGGCAAAAAGCGGAGUUCAUACCACAAUUGGAGACUGAUGAGGACACCAGUUAUUUUGACUCCCGAUCUGAGCGCUACGCUCACCUAGGUUCUGACGACGAUGAUGAAACUAACGACGAUGAAUCCUCUCUUGAACUGCGACAGUUCUCCUCUGUGGCCCAUCGCUUCAGCAAGGUGUACAGCAGCUCAGAGCACCUGUCCACCUCUACACCAUCCAACCAGAGCUUGUCGUCUUCAGAGCGGAGCCAUAGCGAAGAGAAGGAGGACCGAUGGGAGGGGAGAGGUGCCGUUUCCCCUGGUGACGGACACAAGCACCUGGCUAGCGGAGACAGACCCGAUGGACUCAGGGGGAGUUUGCGCCCUCGUGCUUCGUCCAGUUCCUCCCAGUCUGAGCACAGUGCAAGCCCGCUAGUAUUAAACAGUACUCAGAGCCUUGACAUGAUGCCUCGCUUUGCCAUCUCUGCCGAGGAAGACGAUGGCCUGGUCACCAAUCUGCGGCGCAUUCGUCUGCGCAGCAAUAGCACAGGCACCAGACCGUCAUUCCGCAGAGGUGCGUCUAGACGCAUCGCCCACCAACUGGAGACCCCGGAAAAACCCAGGGCUCCAGCUGGAAAAGUCCCCAAGUCUGCCUCAGUCUCUGGACUUUCCCUUGUCAUUACACCAGAUGACUCAGCGGGUCCUCCUUCCAGCCCUAAGUCGUCUUUAUCUCUGUCAUCCAACCCGUCGUCCAGAGACUCAUCCCCCAGUCGGGAUCUUUCCAUCAACAUCAGCUGUCUCAGGCCUCCAGUGGUGAUCCACAGCUCUGGGAAGAGGUUUGGCUUCGCUUUGCGAGCAAUCAGAGUCUACAUGGGAGACAGCGAUGUCUACACAGUUCACCACAUGGUCUGGUGUGUGGAGGAGGGCAGCACAGCACACGAGGCAGGUUUGAGAGCCGGUGAUCUCAUCACACACGUCAACGGGGAAUCUGUACAGGGUCUUGUCCACACUGAGGUGGUAGAGCUUCUGCUUAAGAGUGGCAACAAGGUGACCCUGCAAACCACUGCUUUGGAAAACACUUCUAUCAAAGUGGGCCCCGCCAGAAAGACGAGCUACAAGGCUAAGAUGGCCAGACGCAGCAAAAGAAGCAAAAGGAGAGAUGGGCAGGACAGCCGCCGGCGUAACAUUUUGAAGAAGCUGUCCAAACAUACGCCCCCUCCACCUAUGCAGAGCAGUCGCAGCUUCUCUUCCGGAUUCCACCAGUCAUCCAGCGACAGCCUCUCUGGCUCUCCCACCCAGUCUCUCUCCCCCGGUCCGUCCACUCCCUGCCGCUCCCCUGGUCCUGAACACUCUGGAGAUUCAAGUUCAUCACCCUGCUCCAGUUCCCCUAACUCACCAGUACCACAGGCUCGUCCCAGCUCCCUUCACGUCCUGGGCCGCUACACCAAGGCCGGUCGCUGCAAGUCCACCAGCAGUAUCCCGCCUUCCCCACUGGCCUGCAUCCCACCUCCCCAGCCUCUAUCCCCUCAGUGCUCUCCCUCCUGCCUUCCCAGCCACCCAAAGUCAUUGCAGGGUUUUCAUGGUAAAACGCUGUCCCCUCCCACUAUUGCUCGCCAUUCCGUGCGCCCCCGCAGUGCUGAGCCGCCACGUUCGCCGCUCCUCAAGAGAGUCCAGUCGGCAGAGAAGCUGACUGGUGACAAAACAACAGGCGGGUAUCAUUGUGAGAGGAAAGCCUACAGCACCCGCCGCCAUACCAUGGAGGUGCCUCUGUCUGAAGGCGAAGACGCGGAGGAGGAGGGCGCCACUGGGUUUGUUUGCGUGGGCGAACAUGGCCGCCAAGGGCUGUAUGUCGGGAGCCAAAGAGGCCACCAAGACAUUAUUGGAGGAGGCAACGAGCACCACCGCUCCGCUGCCGCACCACAACACCGGGGCGGUAACCACCACUCCGCAGAGGUGGUGGUGAUGAGGAAGUUGGCUUUGUCCGAGCGCCGGGACUCCUUCAAGAAGCAGGAGGCGGUGCAGGAAGUGAGUUUUGACGAUUUGGACGAGAGGGAAGCCAUGCUUCCCGGCACUCCGUCCAAGACGUUCAAGGCGUCCUGGGUCAACUCUGCUCAGUCAGACUCCAAACUGAAGGUGGGAGGAACAGCAACACAGGAUAAGGCAACACAGCAGAAAGUCAAAUCUAAAGAUAAAGAACGGUUUUAGAUUCAGCCCACCUCACAACAGGUCAAGAUUAACAACCGGUUUCUCCUGGGAGUGUCUGACUUGCCACCAUACACUACUCACAAAAAGUUAGUUUUUGGGCUUUCGAGUGAAGUUUCAGGAUGAUCCUAAAAUGCACUGUAACCUUUAGAGGUGACUUCAAUUUGACCUCUAAACGUUUGAAUGUGUGUGUCCAAUUGUACUAUAUAUAUAUAUAUAUAUAUAUAUAUAUAACACACACACACGUAACUCCCUAUAUAUAUAUAUAUAUAUAUAUAUAUAUAUAUAUAUAAAACACACACACACACACACGUAACUCCCUAUUUUUAAGUACUUGUAAUUUAUUUCUGAACUAUAAUUCUUACAAGAAAUGAACAUGAGAAGAAAGUGUAUUGGAUGGAGUUUUAUAUAAAAUUCGAUAUGGGCGCCAGCAUUAGCCACCAGUUUCUCAAGCCACCUCGGAACCGCAUUAACUGAUUUCACUAGGAACUCUUGUGGGAUGAAAGACAUAACUUCUCGUAUUCGCCCUUCAAGUUCUUCCAAAGUCGUUGGUUUGGUGGAAUAGACUUCCUCUUUUAAUCAUGGAACAUGCACAAAAAAAAUUGAGAAAAAUAUUACAACAUAUGAAUAAAUUCUAAGUAUUUUAAAAUAGGGAGUUACUUUUCAGUCACCCUGUAUAUACACGUGUGUGUGUGUGUGUAUAUAUCCAGCCAUCUAUUUUCUGAGCCGCUUCUCCUCACUAGGGUCGCGGGCGUGCUGGAGCCUAUCCCAGCUAUCUUUGGGCGAGAGGUGGGGUACACCCUGAACCGGUGGUCAGCCAAUCGCAGGGCACAUAGAAACAAACAACCAUUCGCACUGACAUUCACACCUACGGCAAUUUAGAGUCCUCAAUCAACCUACCACGCAUGUUUUUGGGAUGAGGGAGGGAAAAAAAAAACCCACGCAGGCACGGGGAGAACAUACCAACUCCACACAGGCGGGGCUGGGAUUUUAACCCCGGUCCCCAGAACUGUGAGGCAGAUGUGCUAACCAGUCGUCCGGCGUGCGUGUGCGUGUGUGUGUGUGUGUGUGUGUGUGUGUGUGUGUGUGUACACACACACACGUAUGUAUACUAAUUUGAGAAUAUUUGAAUGCACACUUUUUUUAAUGCAUUAAAAUCAAAGACUGACUCAAGUGCAAAAAAAUGUGAUCGGAACAUCCCUACUAAUUUGAGGGUUGCUUACCAACUUUGACAUCUGGCAAAGCAAAUGGAGCACACCCUACCCCAUAACAUGUACAUAAAAUACUAUUUUGUGGCCACAAUCUUCUAAACUGUGGUCACGAAAUAGGUGUAACGUGCGAAAAAAAUACUCAUUUGUGUGUUUAAUAUCAUUCCCAUGAACGACUUAGAUGUCUAGAUAAACGUUUCUAGAGGGGGUGCGCUUGAUUUGUUUACUCAAAUGUCCAGGAAGAAUUUUGGUUUUGUGCGUAUAUUGUGGCAGCAAAUGAGCAUUUUGUGACCACAAAUUAGCAUUUUUGUGCAUGUUAUAUCUGUAUUGUGGCCACAAUGUAAAAUGUUUUACCAGUGUCAUGUCAGCAACCUUAUAUGUGACACACUUAAGCUCAUUGGCUACUUCCUUCUGAGAACAUCCUUGCGAGUCUUCAGACAGGAUGUUCUCAGAGGAAAGUGACCAUUCAGAUUAGACCGUCAUCAGCAGGUUAAAACAGAGAAACUGGAAGUCACAGAACGGCAUAGAAGUGGAUGUUCUUGGGAGUGUUGUGAAUUUUGCUAUUCAGGGCUAAAACAUUGAAAAAAAGUUUGACUUGUGCAUUCAAAAGUUUAGAGCAGGUCAAAUUAAGUUCACUUUUAAAGGUCGAAAUCGCAUUUUAGGUCCAUCCUGAAAUGUCAAAUAAUAUCCCUGAACCUUUUGUGAGUACAGUUGUGUCUGUUCAUCCUGAGACGACCACGUGUCGCCAGACAACUGUGAUCAAGUCGCCGGAUCAUCACAAGCUUGAAAAUGGAUGUUUAUCGGUACCAUACGCAUCCUUCAAUACUGUUAACACAAAUAUGACUGCCUAUCUAUGUUUACUCCCUUGUUGCUUGAUUUCUCUUUGUUUUGAAGACACCCUGUCGCCUUUGAUGGAAUAAUUUUGUAAAUGUAUUUGUAUUUUAAAUGAAAAUGCGUAUUUAUAACUUUCUAUGCUCAUCUUGGUUUUGGUUGCUGGGAUGCUUUAGUGAUUGUUUUGCAACUGUCAAAAAGUGUUCAUACACAAAAGUGUGAUUUUUCUUUUUUUCAGUUUUCAAUAUUUUUGGGAUUUGUGUUGCAUAAAUCCCUGUCCCCGAUGCAACUUUGAAGUCCAUUUUGUGCUGCAUCUCAAGAGGAAGGAAGUUUCUCACUAUUGGAUCUCAUCACUACUUGAUAAGAGGACCACACUUGAAAGCAAAACAUUGGUGCCAAAGCAAGGUUAGCCAUAAAAACCUGACAUGAGUAUAGAAAGCUGUUUGAGCAUUUAUUCUGUAUCCUUGAUAUCCAUCUUAAGGUCAAUGUACUAGUACACUGUUUGUCCUCACUAGUAGGACAACUUUGGCAUACUAGCAGGAGAUCUUCCAGUGAAGCAAAACUGUGCACUAGUUGACGUGUGCUACUGGUACUUUUGUUGAAGUACUAAAUAUUAACUGGUAGAUUUUUUUUCACUAGUAGCACAUGAGGCACGGUGGUGACUGGUUGGAGCGUCACAGUUCUGAGGUUCGGGCUUCAAAUCCCGGCCCCGCCUGUGUGGAGUUUGCAUGUUCUCCCUGUGCCCGCGUGGUUUUUCUCCGGGCACUCCGGUGUCCUCCCACAUCCCAAAAACAUGCAUUGUAGGUUGAUUGAUGACUCUAAAUUACCCAUAGGUGUGAAUGUGUGUGCGAAUGGUUGUUUGAUUAUGUGUGCCCUGCGAUUGGCUGGCGACCAGUUCAGGGUGUACCCCGCCUCCUGCUCGAUGAUAGCUGGCAUAGGCUCCAGCACUCCUGCGACCCUUGUGAGGAUAAGCGGCUCAGAAAAUGGAUUGAUGGAUAGUAGCACAUGCUCAAGCAGCAAGUUGUUUGAGCAUUUAUUCGAUAUCCUUGAUAUCAAGCUUAAAGUCCAUGUUCUAGUACACACUUUGCCAGCACUAGUAAGACAAUUCAGCACCCUUGUAGAAAGACUGGGGUGUGCUAGUAGAAUUACUCUUACUAGUAAGCUUUUGUCCACUACUGCCUUCUUCUACUGUAUGACAUUUCUGCACACUAAUUGGACAACAGCAUGUUACUAGGGAGGCAACUCUACGAAUAGGCCUUUUGGUGUUACUAGUAGGGUGCAGUAGGCUGCUCGUGCAUGACAAAUACCUACUAGUUGGGUAUGGUUGUGUUACUAAGUUAUUAUUGCUUAGAAAUAGGCCAAACGUGUCUUUCAAAAAUCCUAGUAAGACUCAUUCUACUGGUUUGCUGAAUUGUCUUACUAAUGAGGAUAAAGAGCAUACUCGUACAGGGACCGUAAGAUGGACAACAAGGAUAUGGAAUAAAUGCUCAAACUGCUUUCCAUACACAGUAGGUUCUAUUGUACAUAACACGUGUGUUAGCAGCACUUACACUUCUCCCAGCAAUGGUUACAUAUCCUCAUUGUGUGUUUAUCGUUUCGCCCCAUGCUCCUGUCUCUGUCCUCAACACACCUUAAACUAUACCUGUCUUGUCUGUCUGCUUAUAAACAAGUCAUUUGGUGUGAUUGCUUGGUGUGAUACAUUUCAGGGCCGUUUCUGCCUAGAUUAGGGGCGGAGAAAAAAAAUACUGUACAGUGAAUCCCAAAAACUACAAGCAAAUUUUCUUUGGUGUGUAAUAUGGAUGAAUGUUUACAUUUUACUGCAAAUGUGUGUAGGUUAUUAUUAAUAACAAUAUAAAAAAAAUCACAUGGUUAAACCAGAAGUUGUAAAUGAGGAAGUAAAGGAUAGGAGUGUCUUUCCCCCCCUUUAUUGCUCAUUAGGAAGACGUCUUGUAGCAGUAGUACAACAGUGGACCUUAAAACAUCUGCCGAUGGUGUUUUUUGAAAGUGACCUUGUAAGGACCUUCGGCCUGCAAAGUGCGACUAAAGUGGCAGGUUCCUAAUCUGUUUAGAUCAAACUCAAAGGACUGUGCAUGCUUUACAUUCCACCAUAUUAUUCCCACUUUUUUUUUUUUUUAAAUUGCAUUUUUGUAGUACUUAAUUCUGCUCAUGGAAGCUAUUAAAUGCAGAAGCAAAUGUGUUUUAUGGAAUUUGAGAACAUGCAUAGUUGGUGUGUUUGAUACUAUUGCUGUGCUUUCAGGAUUUUAUCUUAUUUUGUACCCGUGAAUUCCCCUAAUUGUAUAGUCAUAUUUUUGUUUGUUUUAAAAAGAAUAAUUUUCCUUGUUUUAAAUUGACAUUUGUCGAAUAAUAAAAUUAAGGACCACAGCAGAAUCCACAGCACAAGUUACCAUAUCAACACAUCCAAAUGUAGCUUUAUUUAAAUUAAAAAAAAGUAAUUGUGUGUGCAUUACACUCCAUAUGAGGUUUUCAACUUUCAUUUUCUCUGUUACUAAAUUGUGUGUUUAUGGUAUAGUUCCCGCACCCAACCACCUUGUCUCCAUGACAACUGGACCUUGUGAAGUUCCUGCUAUGUGGGGAUCUUGUUCAGACUGAUGUGCUGAUUUCUGGUUUUUUUAUUUUUUAUUUGAUUAUCAUUAUUGUCUUAACAAUGCUUGAAAUAAAAUAUUCACCAAAAAAGGAGU